CGCCCCGUUCGCCGAGCGGCCUGUGCGAGGCUUCUCCAGCCGUGUGCCCAGGCAGGACGCUGCGGAGCGGUUGGAAGAGGCUCUGAAAACCAACAAGGAAAAUGGCAGCCCAGAUGAAGACGUGGCUGUUACUUGUGUGUCGCGUUGUCCUGCUGCGAGCCGGUGACCCUGUCGGAAUUGAAGCAGAUGAAGGUGAAGACGUGCUCCUGCCCUGCAUUGUAGAACGUGGAGACGCUGACUGUCUUCCAAAGCCUACGGUGAACUGGCAGCGGUCAGGGAGUGAAGUUGUGAACAGCUACUACGAUGGCAAGAACCAUCCAGUGUAUCAGUCUGGACGAUAUAAGGGGAGAACGGAGUUCACUUCUCAGGGAUUGUCCGAGGGCAACGCGUCUCUGCUACUGAAGAAUGUAAACCCCGCUGACUUUGGGAACUACACCUGUCAUGCUAGUUUAUAUGAGAACGCUCCCCAAACUUUACAAACUGUCCUGCUGAUGCAGAAAAAGACCCAGGGUGCAAACGUGCCAGGAGGACCUGAAAACCAACUCUACUUUCUAAUCAUUGUCCCAUUGAGCACACUUGUAGUCGGGGGUUCUCUAGGGUACUGUUGGUGGAAAAAGAAGACUACGAAGUCUGAAGCAGGUGAUGCAGAAGCAGCUCAAACAAAGGAGGAAUUAAUAUGCCUGAAAAACUUGGAAAAUACUUCAGUGACUCCCCUACGCUGCAGUGGGUAGCAAGACUCGAGCCUGGGAAGCAGGGACUGAAAACCAUUUUUGUGGGGGGUGGAGAGCAAGCAGCUGCCCAUGAGCUCCCAGUGUGAUGCUGUGUUCAGAAGGGCUAAUGCAGAAACUGGG